AUGCAGUCUGAUCCAAAUUGGGCCAAUUACUACUACGACUCAUCAUCUCAUCAGGUUGCUAUAAAUAAUUAUUUUCAGCUUCAUUUACUGGAUUUUGGUGCGACCAGAACAUACACAAAAUCGUUUGUUGAUACUUAUCUUAAAUUGAUAAAUUCUGCCAUGGAUAAUGACUUGAAGAAACUUAUAUUUUUUUCACGUCAAAUCGGUUUUCUCACAGGCGAGGAAUCAGAAGUUAUGGAAAAUGCUCACUGUGAUUCAAUCAUGAUUCUAGCCGAAGCUCUUAGGUCGCCAAUGUUUGACUUUGGGGGUCAGGAUAUAACUAAACGUAUUGCAAAAACUCUUCCAACUAUGAUGAGGAAUCGACUUACUCCUCCUCCUGAACAAACUUACUCUUUGCAUCGUAAAAUGGCUGGAAUAUUUAUGCUUUUUUGUGAAUUAAAAGCUGUCGUACCAUGUUCUAUUAUUUUUGAUUCCAUAAAGGCCGGAUAUCGCUUUGACAUUUGA